AUGAUUUUCCAAGUGCUCUUGCAAUUUUUUGUGCUUUUGCAGCUUCCUUUGAAUGCAUAUGCGUUCUAUUAUUAUGGAAACAGUGGGGAACGUAGAUGCUUCCACAAGGAAUUGACGAAAGGUACUCUUUUGAAAGGUAAGUACAAGCUUAGCGUAUACGACAGUUCACAGGACUCUUAUGCGCUAACUUAUGGUCAAGACUCAAAUGUUGUCAUCAUGGUUGAGGAAGUGUUUGAUGACAACCACCGUGUUGUGAACCAAAAGGGCGCUCCAAGUGGUGAUUUUACUUUCACAGCAUUGCAAAGUGGGGAACACUUGAUCUGUUUCCAACCAGCAGUUCGUUCUGGACGUGUCAAGACCAUGAUGGAUAUUGAAUUCCAAGUUGGUUCUAUUUCUGAAAUCGAUUCGAAGAAGAAGUCUACCAUUCAGUCUCUACAGAAUAAAGUCCAGGUGUUAAUAGAGAAAGCUAAUGGUAUUAGAAGAGAGCAGGAUUUGGUGAGAGAGCGUGAAGCAAUGUUUAGAGAUGCUUCCGAGUCUGCCAACUCUCGUGCUAUGUGGUGGUCUGUUAUUUCUUUGAUUGUGCUUGGAGGUACUUGUGCAUGGCAAUUGUCGCAUCUACGUACUUUCUUCGUCAAGCAAAAGAUUGUGUAA